AGAAAAAGGGAGGAGAUGGAGAGAGAGGAGGGGAAUGUCUUUGUGCAAUUAUCUUUUUUUUUUUUAGGAAAACCCACAUGGCCAGAAGCUCCCAUAAGCAUUUGAGGACAACACAGAGGCAGCUUUUUCCUUUACAACUGUUGUCUUUAUUAAUUUUGCCUACCUUCAAGUGCCUAACUUGAGGUGUCGCUGUAAAAUUGGAUCAGAGAACGGAAGUAAGACGAGCAGUCUUUUGAGGAAGCAUGUCACUCUCUUUGCGCUUUGUCUGUCUUCUCUUGACUGCUCUCUGGGGCAGCGUGUGCUUCGCCAAGCCGGCCCCGUUCAACGUUUCCAUGGAGGGCAGCGGGGACGAACCCGAACUCAUCUUCCCCGUUGCUCGUACCACCCACGUACCCCCAUCUCCUUCGCCAUCUCCCAACAUAACGGCAACUUUCAUUCGCAUCAAAGACUUCAUCUUCAACCAGGUGGUGGACUUCCUGAAGGAGAACUUGCUUCUCAUCAUUGUCGUGACCUCUCUGUUGGUAGUUAUCAUUUUCAUCGUCUGCUGUGCUUCAGCGAUGAGCCACAAACGCAAGCUCGAGGCAUACUAUCCUCCGAAGACCUACUCACCCAGGAAAUACAUGAGCCAACCUAGUAAAGCAAUGGAGAAACCUCAUAGUCAGAUCCAGGACGGCAAGACGACCGCUGCGAAGAACCUACGAGAACCUACUAAAGCAUUGGUGGGGGAGAAGGAAGGAAAAGACCCCCGGCCCAAGCCGAAAGAGGUCCAAAAGGUGGAGGAUGUUGAAGAGGUGGAGAUGCAGAAAGAUGAGCCCAAGAAGAAAGUGGAGCCUCAGCCAACCACCUCAAACGCCACUUCCAGUCAGCCAAUGGUCUGUACGUGCCACCUCAGAAAGGCCAAUCACACCCCAGCGUGAGAGCUUUUUCUUUAAUGGCCAGGAAUGACCUUGAUUUCAAUCUUUUGGUAGAUAUGAUGCCCUCAUUCUCUUUGGUUUGUGUUCUCUAUAUGUACUCAUCAGAGGAAGAGUGAAAAAUGUUUGUUCAACUUAUUUAGUUUCUUUAAAAAUGAUUUUGCUUAAAAUAAUUAAAAAACAACUAAUUAACAGUUUUACUAUUCAUAUGAAAAACAAACUUGAAAUUAUUUUGUGAAUCACUAGUUUUGAGAGACUUGAGAAAAUGUAUUUUCAAACCUUUUCUUUUUCAUUUUGAUUUAUAUUUUACACAUGAAAUAUCUAUGCAUGGUAAGUGUAACCCAUAACUUAUGCUGUAUUUUCUGAAGAUGUUGUCAGGUUUUGUACAAGACUGUUAUUUUAUGUAAACUUUCCUCAGUUUCUCAGUGUUGAAUUGAAUAACUUCUGAAUUACUAAUUGAUUUUUGUCAGGUGUAUGUUUAAAUGAUUUUUCCAAAAGGAAAAUAAACUCUCCAAACACUUA